AUGGAGUCGGACGAAGUCGGUCUCCUGGAAAACUUGGUGGAGGAGCACCCAGGCUACGCAAAAUUCAUAGACGAUAUCUUAAUGCUAACAUCCUCGUAUCUUCCGCCUUUCAUCUACAUUAACGAUACCACUAAUCCUCGAAUCACAUCAUCUGUACUCGACUCGGUAUUUGGUCGCCUCUCACAACCCCAAGACUGGGAGUAUCCGCCUGUUCGCUACGCUAGGGUCAAUGCAGUUGCAUGCUUCACAGCUCGGUUAUUCUACGAUUCAGUGCUCAAUACGUUGGCGGGUUGGAAGGUGAGGUGGCAAGAGGGGUGCGAGAAUUGGCCUGGAGAUGGACAGAGAUGGAACGACAGUAUAGACAGUUUUCUGCAUGGGCUCAAGGCGUUGCAUGAUAGCACGGGUUCAAGCUCUCAUACCGUGCAUAAAGGGAAAGAAAAGGCACCAGUUCAAGAUCAGAAACCUGUCAUGGUUAUCGUGAUCGAGAAAGCUGAGAGAUUGAAGGAGAAUCUGCCAGAAUUGAUCAUCCCUUUGACUAGGUUGGCCGAAAUGUCGCAAGUGAAUAUCUCGACCAUCUUUCUGUCUGCAGUUCGAUGGGAAGAUAUCAAACCUUCGCUCGGAGCUUCACCUGAUCCGUACUAUAUUGACAUCGAGCCUCACAAUAAACAAGAUACAAUCGAGAGACUUGUAUCUGCAUUUCAUUCAGCUUCUUUUUCACAGCUAUCAUUCAACGGAAUAAACAACAUUUAUCACCCAGCUCUCCUCCCACUCUAUGAACACUACGCGGCUAUGAUUUACAGUAUCUGUGCCGUCUACACUCACGAUCCAUACGAGUUGCAGUACAUAGCAGCUGCACGGUGGCCUGGCUUUGUGAAGCCUGUGCUAGACGAGCACAGGCAAGCACAAGGGCUGGCGCGUGGGGACCAAAGCGAGGAAGACCAAGAACUCAUCGCGAUCGAACUCGCACCUCCAUCAGAGGACCAGCGUAUGUGGUUGACUCGCUACUUCACGCCGUCAAUCACAGCCGCCCUCGAGGCUCUUCACCCACGCUCGAUAAGCGCCGGUGAAUGGGCGUUAAAAAACAUGCCAGAGCCAAAUCUUCUAAGUCUAGAAGUGGUGCCUCGCCCGUUGGACCGAACGAAGCUAGGCCAGAAGGAUAACAGUAUGGAACACCUCCCGCGAAUGUCGAAGUUCAUUUUGCUGGCUGCAUUUCUGGCUUCGACUAAUCCGGCAAAGACGGAUGUGAAAAUGUUCGGUCGCGGCGCAGGUGAACGGAAGAGAAGAAGACGAAAUGGAUCUCCGAGAAAGGGGGCAGGUCGAGGCGGUGUUGCAAAAGUAGGCUUCUGUUCUUGGUUAAUGGAGGUCCCGCUGCUCAAUUCUUUCUCCUUGUAUAAAAAGGUCCCGCAAAGAUUAUCAGGUCCCGCACCGUUCCCACUUGACAGACUCAUAGCCAUACUUGGGGCAUUGCUCGAGGAGAACGACGUCGAGAUGCGGCCUCCAGCCCCCGACUACGUGUUUCCGGGAGAGUAUACGGAGAUGGAGAUCGGAAGAGUGCAAGUCUACGCCGCGAUCGGUGAAUUAACUUCGAUGCGGACAUUAUACCGCACCACGCCACCGGAGAAACUGGAUGGUCCACCCAUGUUCAAGUGUGGGAUACCUUUCGAGGCAGCGCAAGCCUUGGCGCGAGAACUAAAGGUCCCGUUGAAUGAUCUGAUGUGGGAUCCAGUUUGACGUGCAUCAAGUUGGAGACAUUGCCAUGAUUUGCCUUUGCUGUUCUUUAGGAGUGUCCUGUGCUAGGUGAUAACAUAUAGGCGCCCAGCAGGUCAUGGGGUAAAGAAUGGGGUUCCGCCGCCGCCGGGCACAAGGGUUAUUGUCCACAAGUAGAAAGGUGAUUGUACCUUUCUUCCUCGAAACGUUAUGUAAGAUGUAUUAGCGCUGGUUGACCUUGUGAUGAUGAUAUCGAUCUUUCCACGCCAGUGCAAAACAUUGGAGUGUGAUAGCCUGUA